UUUCUUUCUUUUUUUUUGUCAUUUAAUUUUUCUGUAUUUAGCUUUUAUUUACCAAAAUAAUGGGGCUUGCUUUUAGUUUCCUUGGUGCUCCUAUUUCAUGGGUUUCUUCAGCAGUUGUUUCUUGCUUCUCCGCAGCAGCUUGUAAUUUAGCUUGUAAAUCAUGUAAUUGUAAUAAUUCAAUAGCGACUAGGAUAGGGUUUGCAAUAAUAUUACUUUUGAACUCUAUGCUUGCAUGGAUAAUGUUAUCAGAUUGGGCUAUAAAGCAGCUAGAGAAAAUAACGUAUGAUUAUUUACACCUGAAUUGUCAAGAGGGAACCUGUUACGGAAUCUUAGCCGUUCAUCGUAUUUGUUUUGCGUUGUCAUUUUUUCAUUUUAUUCUGGGACUACUUGUAAUUGGUGUAAAGGAUACGCAUGAUAAUAGGGCUGCAAUCCAGAAUGGCUGGUGGGGAGUUAAGAUAAUUGGGUGGAUUAUCUUUGUUGUAGCUUCAUUUUUCAUUCCAAAUCAGUUUUUCAUGUUCUGGGGCAAUUAUAUUGCCUUGAUAGGAGCAACACUAUUUAUUUUAAUUGGAUUAGUGCUCUUAGUAGAUUUUGCUCAUACAUGGAGUGAAACUUGUAUAGAAAAAUGGGAAGAAUCUGAUGAUAAUAAAUGGAAAUAUCUUCUUAUUGGGUCAACACUUGCCAUGCUAUUAACUUCAAUUAUACUUACAGGAAUAAUGUACAAUUUUUUUGCUGGAUCUGGAUGUGGUCUUAACCAAUUUUUUAUAACCUUUAAUCUUAUAUUAUGUAUUAUUGUGAUAUUCUUAUGCAUUACUCCAGUUGUGCAAGAAGCUAAUCCUCGCUCAGGAUUAUCACAAGCUUCAAUGGUGACUAUUUAUUGUACUUAUAUUAUUUUAAGUGCAAUCGCUAACGAGCCCGAUGAUAAUAUGUGCAACCCAUUGACAAGGAGCCGUGGCACGCGUACAACUACAAUCGUUCUUGGAACUAUACUUACAUUCUUGGCGAUUGCAUAUUCGACAUCAAGAGCUGCAACUCAAAAUUUCCAAUCGAAUUCGCGUUCUGCGUCUUAUAACGCUAUUGAGAGCGGUAUAAUGCCAGCUUCAGCUUUAGAUGACGACGAUGAUGGUCAUGACGAUGAAAAGAAUGGGGUAGCUUAUAAUUAUGGAGCCUUUCAUUUCAUAUUUGCGGUCGCUUCCAUGUAUGUCGCGAUGCUUCUAACAAAUUGGAAUAACAUAAAUACUACUGGAUCUGAAGAGUUGGUUAUCAUUGGACAAAGUAUUGUUGCUGUAUGGGUAAAAGUUGUUUCCAGCUGGAUCUGUUUAUUAUUAUACACCUGGACACUUAUUGGACCUGUUCUAAUGCCAGAGAGAUUUGAGGAUUUUUAUUAAAGAAU